CUCGACAGAGAAAUAAUUUGCAGUCGGAUUUAGUCAACAAGCAUAAACACCAAACGUUUAUUUUAAUAAAAUUAUGGACUAUUUAAUUAAUGUCAAAAGGAGCAAGGAAAUGCAAUUUGUCAUCAUGGUUCGGGUUAAAAGGCAUAACACCUAGCUGGUCAUGGCAAUGGAAACAUUCAAUGUGUUUCGGGGUGAGUAGUCGCGUUUCCAGGGCGGACUCACCGCUACGCUGGUAGUCAAGGUAAACAGCGGCGGAUGCGUCCUCAGAGCACCGGACACGGCCUCAAAGCCAGCACCGCGUGAAUACAUGCUGAGCUGACCCAGUUACUCCUCAUUCAACAGUUGAACAUCUGAAGAAUCACUCUUCAUUGGCACCCAACUGAAAAUGCAAAAAAUUGACGGGAAAAGUUCAGGUUCUGGACAUGAUGUGCAUACACAUCUUCCUUCGUCAAAAUGGAUUCAGCAUCAUGGGCUCAAGAAAAGCAGAUUAACUCUGUCUCAAAUUCUAUCACAGAUUGGAUUUAAACACAGGGAAGAUUUUGACUGCAGGUUGCAAAAGUCUGUGUCUUCAUGUUAUGGUGAAGGAUUGUUUCAGCAGUAUUUGAGAAAAGAUGGCAGAAUUUAUAACAUAACAGCCAAUCAAGAACAGCUUCAGCAAUUUGUUGUGUCUCUGACCAAGGCGAUCAAGUUCUACCAGCAGCGACUGGAGUGGUUAAGCAGUGGGAGCCGCCAACUCUUUGGAGUAAUUCAGGAGCGAUGCAUCACUAUUGUUUUAGACUUUGCCCCAAUGUCCGAGAGCUUGUUUCACCUUUGCUGCCAUGUUCUUUGCAUGGUUCUCCAGGAGCAAGUGGCACUGAUUGGAAAGAUCAACCUUAUUAGGGCUGCUGAAGAAAUGGAUAUGUGGCAGGACAAAGCUGUUCCUGUUAGCUUUCAGGCAGUAGUCUCAGCAAUCGACUGGAUAGGGAAUCUUCGCCAUAUGCCAGUUACCAGCAAGACAAGUUCCGUGGAGGCUGUGUUGCAAGCAACAAGUGAUAAAACUAUUGAAGCUGUUUACUUUUUUGCUGCUGGUGAUGGUCCUCAGGGGAUGAGAGAACUUUUGCGUCAGAAGUUGGCAAACAGCCCCUGUCCAGUCCACACCAUCUCAUUCAAUGCCAAAGAGGAAGCAACAGUGCGGUUUCUGAAAGAACUGGCUCAUUGCGCUUCAGGAAGGUUCCAUGCAUUUGGUCUAAUUAAUGGAUACGAAGAGGAGGAAGUAUCAUUUACCAACGGCUUGAAUGACUCUGACACUCAGGUUCCAAAGAUUCACAGGAAACUUAUUGGCGGCGUGCCACCAGGAGCUGGAGUCAGAGAAGAUGUGUUUCUCAUCUGGAGUGAGAUAGAGGAAGCCAGAAACACAUUGGCAGAAGUUCAAACCAUUGCUGCAGGGCCCCCUCGGACCACGUUUAACGCAGUGCCUGUGUACCAGCCAAUACCACCAUCAAAAAUAGAAGAUUAUAUCACUUCAGAGAAAUGGCUUGAGAAAUAUGGGUUGAAGGCUCGUAAACUGAUGUUCCAUGAUGCACUUGUCGACUGUGCCUUUCGGCACUCUGAUGGCGUGGUGGACAUUAAGGGAAAGCCAGUGAACGAGUGCAUUCAGACUGAUGCAGAAUCUAAUAUGAAAUUGGUGAAUGCCAAGUACUGCAGCCACUUUGCACACACCCAGUGGAAAGAUGGUUCUGUAAUGCAUGUCUACAUCACCGCUGAAAAGUGCAAACAAUACCAACAGAAAAUGAAGACUGCACUGGAGCAGAUGCAAAGAAGAAUUAACUGGCUUCAGAAAGGGAGCAGGGAGCUGUUUGGGACAAUAAUUGAGGAUCAAAUAUAUAUCCUGGUUGAUACCUCUCAAUCCAUGAAAGAUAAACUGGAGUUGGUUCAAAGAAAGAUCUUUCAGCUCAUGCAGGAACAGCUCAGACACAAGAGCAAGUUCAAUUUUGUGAAGUUUGAUUCCAGAGUUGAACCUUGGCAGGAGAAGUUGGCAGAUGUGACUGAGAAAAAUAUCGAAAGUGCUUGGUCUUGGAUCCAAGGACUUCAGGUUGGAGGUUCCACGAACACGCUGGGAGCUAUCCGAUUUGCUUUAGCCGAUGCCGGCACUGAAGCUGUCUACCUACUCUCUGAUGGAAGGCCUGAUCAGCCUCCAAAAACCAUUUUUGCUCAGGUGCAGCUAGCCCAGCCUGUCCCUAUUCAUUCCAUUGCAUUUAACUGUGAUGACACCGAAGCCAACAGAUUUCUAUACGAACUUUCGGAGAAGACUGGUGGACGAUUCCACUCCUACAACUGUGAUAUGAGGGAGGCCAAAAACCCCCCGCCGUUUGUGAGUGAAGAUAUCUGCCUACUGAAGAAGGAGAUUGAGAAGGGAAAGGAAGAUUUGGAGAAGGUGGAAAAACUUCAUGCAGAGUGCAUAAUGCUGGACUGGUAUCAUAACAGUGAAGGAUCCAGACCAAACAACAAUGUUGCUAUUGAUAUUCCAAUUAAGAGGCCAGCCUGGAGCAACAACACAGCUCAGGUCCAUUCCUUAGAUACCAGGAGCCCUUUGAGACCCAGUUCAGCUUUGGAUUGGAUUCCUACCACACACAGAAACCACUGGGGCAGAUACCAUAUCCACAGUUUAAAUACAGCCAAGAAAUCAAAGGAGCUUCAGAAGAAAAAAAUCCUGCUUGCAGCACACACAAACUCUAGCCUACUUAGGAGUUUAAGUAAUGGUGUUAAAGUCAAUGAGAGUUUGCUGGAUGGAUGGAUGCUUCCAGAAAACAAGGAGCUGUUCGUGAAUAAUUAUAACAAGGAAUUGAAGGUCCUGAAUGGCCUUAGUAAAUCAGAAACUCCACCUAUAGAGCCAGGAAGGCAAGUUGUAAACUCUCUGGAUGUUUCUUCCACUCAGUGGCUUAAGACAAAUAGCCUGAUUGCCAAGCGACUCACGAUAAUGGAUGCUCUUGCACCAACUGCUGUCCCUCAGACUGCAAAGUAUGUCCCAGUCUUGGACAAGUAUAUUGUAUCCAAAGUCUUUGAUGAGGUGCUGCCUUUAGCUCACGUCAGCAGCAACAGCAAGAAGCAAAUUACACUUAUUAAUCCGUUGGCUGUGAACCUGAAGGACUACAAAGUGAGGCUUCGCCAAGCUAUCCAGACUUAUGAAAAGCGUUUGAAUUUGAUUAUCUGGAGAACAUUAUCUCAAGAGGAGCGAGAUAGGUUCAGCAGCGAUAAACCAAUUUCAUUUCGAGAGCAUAAGGAGGCAUUACUCCAGGCUCUGGAUAGAAUGGGCUGGCCAAUUCCUCAGGAGGACGUUACUCUGUUAGAGGAUGAAAUCUCCACUGGCUACUCAUAUGAACAGCAAGCCUCUGAUCUCCAGAAAGCUGCGAAGGUGAAGGAGUUGGGGACCCUGACUGACAGCAGAAGGAACCAUAGACCCUCUGUAAAAAAAAUCACAAAACGGACCAGGAGAAUUUUGGAUACUUUCAGAGGGCAGAGGGUAAUUGCAAGGUCAGAGGUUGAUGGCUUUUAUUAUCCAGGCAUUAUAAUCAGGUGUGUUGGUGUCAGAAAAGUUUUGAUUGAUUUCACCAAAGGAGACACUCAGAUUACGCCAACUCAGUUUGUAAUCCAGGUUGGAGGAGCUGUACCUUGUCCCGUAUUAAAGGUUGGAGACUUUGUUUUGGUUCGUAGCAAUGUGCACUCAGAAAAUGAUUGUUAUAAGCCUGGUGUGGUCAUAGCAACCCCAAACAAACACAGGGCUGAUGAUAAGUUUUAUACGGUUUUGAAAUACAACAACAAAAGGGAACUUUCAUUCCGUAAUGGACUGAUUAAAAUCAGCUCAACUCAGUAUUCCUUCACCAGUCGUUACAUAAGAGAGGCUCAGAUGACAGAUCACACAAUACAUAGUGUGCAAUUUAUAAAGCCCAUUUCGAAACCAGUUAAAUCACAGGAACUGCAAGGAAGCUUGUCACCUUCUGACGAAAGACACAGGACAAAUCCAAAGGAAAGUGCGAAACUCAAGAAAUAUCAUAGAAUGCGCAAGGAUUCUUCAUUUGCUGAGGACUGUGAAUGGCGGUCAGGCUCUGGAUCAGAAUCCAAACCGAAAGAGUUGAAUUCUUCAACUGAAAGCGAUAGUCAUGAAAACUCAUACAACUCUCAACCAGAACUGUCUUUGUGAUUUCACCACAUCUGGAAUAUGUAGUAAAUAAGACCAUAAGAUAUAGGAUCAGAAUUAGGCCAUUUGGCCUAUCGAGUCUGCUCCACCAUUUCAUCAUAGCUGAUAGAAUUUUCCUCUCAGCCCCAAUUUCCUGCCCUCUCCCCAUAUCCCUUCAUGUCCUGACCAAUCAAGAAUCUUCAAUCUCUCUAUAUGAUUCAUCUGGUGCAGAAUCACAGGGAUCUGUAACAGAAUGAGGCCAUUUGCUGAUCAUGUCAAUGUUGGAAUUAAGGACUGGAAACUCCCAUUUGGAAACUCUUCUCUCAGAGGGUAGUGAAAGUUUUCUACUUUCAGAAACCAGAUCAUUGGAUAUAGGAUACUCAAGGGGGAAAUCUUUGAAAGAUUGAGGAAUCGGGGGGUUUUGAAGAUCCAGCACAGAAGAGGUGUUGAGGCCAUUGCAGAUUGGCUAUGAUGAAAUUGAAUGGUGGGGCAGCUAGAGGGGCCAGGGGACCUAUUCAUGUUCCCACUUUCUUGUGCCAUUGUGAAAGAGGAAUAAAAUCCUGUA